GCCCGCUGGGAAUGCUGGACUGGGCUCCUUGUCCAAAGUUCCCGGGAUUGAUCCUGGAAGCCGUGGGUAGGGUGGCCGGCUUCAAGCUUUCGGGUCAGCCUCCUUAAACUUCGUGACACCUAAGAAAAGGUGGUCAAGUCCUCUUUUCAAGAGAAGAUGACUUUUAACAGUUUGGAAGGAUCUAGAACUUGUGUACCUGCAGACACCAAUAAGGAUGAAGAAUUUGUAGAAGAGUUUAAUAGAUUAAAAACGUUUGCUACCUUUCCAAGUAGUAGUCCUGUUUCAGCAUCAACAUUGGCACGGGCAGGGUUUCUUUAUACUGGUGAAGGAGAUACUGUGCAGUGCUUUAGUUGUCAUGCAUCAGUAGAUAGAUGGCAAUAUGGAGACUCAGCUGUUGGAAGACACAGGAAAAUAUCCCCAAAUUGCAGAUUUAUCAAUGGUUUUUAUUUUGAAAACAGUGCCACACAGUCUACAAAUCCUGGUGUCCAAAAUGGCCAGUACAAAGCUGAAAACUAUGUGGGAAACAGAAAUCAUUUUGCUCUUGACAGACCAUCUGAGACUCAAGCUGAUUAUCUUUUGAGAACUGGACAGGUUGUAGAUAUUUCAGACACCAUAUUCCCGAGGAACCCUGCCAUGUGUAGUGAAGAAGCCAGACUGAAGUCAUUUCAGAACUGGCCAGACUAUGCCCAUAUAACCCCCAGAGAGUUAGCUAGUGCUGGCCUCUACUACACAGGGAUUGAUGAUCAAGUGCAGUGUUUUUGUUGUGGUGGAAAACUGAAAAAUUGGGAGCCCUGUGACCGUGCCUGGUCAGAACACAGGAGACACUUUCCCAACUGCUUCUUUGUUUUGGGCCGGAAUGUUAAUGUUCGAAGUGAAUCUGGUGUGAGUUCUGAUAGGAAUUUCCCAAAUUCGACAAUUUCUCCAAGAAAUCCAACCAUGGCAGAAUAUGAAGCACGGAUCAUUACUUUUGGAACAUGGAUAUACUCAGUUAACAAGGAGCAGCUUGCAAGAGCUGGAUUUUAUGCUUUAGGUGAAGGUGAUAAAGUGAAAUGCUUUCACUGUGGAGGAGGGCUCACAGAUUGGAAGCCAAAUGAAGACCCUUGGGAACAGCAUGCUAAAUGGUUUCCAGGGUGUAAAUAUCUAUUGGAUGAGAAGGGGCAAGAAUAUAUAAAUAAUAUUCAUUUAACCCAUUCUCUUGGGGAAUCUUUGGUAAGAACUGCUGAAAAAACACCUUCACUAACUAAAAGAAUCGAUGAUACCAUCUUCCAGAAUCCUAUGGUACAAGAAGCUAUACAAAUGGGAUUCAGUUUCAGGGAUAUUAAGAAAACAUUGGAAGAAAAAAUCCAAACAUCUGGGAGCAGCUAUCUAUCACUUGAGGUUCUGAUUGCAGAUCUAGUGAGUGCUCAGAAAGAUAAUACACAGGAUGAAUCAAGUCAGACUUCAUUGCAGAAAGACAUUAGUACAGAAGAGCAGCUAAGGCGCCUACAAGAGGAGAAGCUUUGCAAAAUCUGCAUGGAUAGAAAUAUUGCUGUGGUUUUUGUCCCUUGUGGACAUCUGGUCACUUGUAAACAAUGUGCCGAAGCAGUCGACAAAUGUCCCAUGUGCUACACAAUCAUUACGUUCAAGCAAAAAAUUUUUAUGUCUUAAUGCAGAGCCACAGUAGGCAUGUUAUGUUCUUCUUACUCUAAUUGAAUGUGUGAUGUGAGCAAACUUUAAGUAAUCAGCAUUGCAUUCCAUUAGCAUCUGCUCCCAAGUGGAAACAAAUGUUAACAGCACUGUUGCAGUCUAAACUUUGAAUUUCUAAAUCUUUUAGGCUAUUAGCUAUAUUGUUUAUCCAGUAUUUUACUCAAUUGAAACCUUAGACAAAGAAGCAUUUAAUAUUAUAACAUUUUACCUUGUGUAUUUGUAAUAUACCGGUUUGAUUUUUAUGUGGAAGUGAAUUAAUCACCUACAUUUUUUCAUUCCUUUCAGAUAAGCUUAAUAAAUGGGGUGUUCUGUAUAAGCAGGGAGAUUUCAGUUAAUCUGCCCAAUCACUUAAUUUGUUUAUUAUGAACAGGGAAGAACUGUUUCACACUGGUGGGAGGAUAAACAUUGUUUGUAGAUGUUUGUCCGUGUUUUAGGAUUUUGUCUGUUUCCUUUCAAAAUUAUAAACGUACUUGUAUGAAUGAUUUUUUAAAAGUGAUUUUGCCAUCUCCCAAAAGCUAUUAAAUGAUAGACUACUAUCUAACUAGCAUAUACUAACAUGGAAAGACAACAAAGAUACAGUAAGUGUAAAAUACAAAUGGCAAAACACUAUGUAUAGUUUGAGUCAAAUCAAGGUGUGUGAAUUUUUAUCUGUACAGGACAAAAAAGAUUUGGAAAGAUAUGCAUCACACUCUUAAAUAUGUUUUUUUUUCUUGAGGGGGUGGGGGCAUGGGUCUUAGGGGGGCUUAUAGGUGCCCUUCUUUUUUUAUUGUUUGAAGUUUAUAUAACUAUGUAUUACUUUUAUAUAAUCAUAAUUUUUAGAAAAUAUUUUACUGAUUUAAAGGCUUAGGCAUGUUCAAACGUCUGCAAAACUACUUAUCGCUCAGUUUUAGUUUUUCUAAUCCAAGAAGACAGGCCAGUUAAUUUUCUGGUGCCAAUGUGAAAUUUAAAUGUUUUUGUUUUACCUGCUUUGUGGAUGAAAAAUACUUCUGAGUGGUAGUUUUCUGACAGGUAGACCAUGUCUUCUUAUCUUUUUUCAAAAUAAAUAUUCCUGAUUUUGUAAAAUUAAAUAUAAAAUAUGUCUCAGAUCUUCCAAUUAAUUAGUAAGGAUUCAUCCUUAAUCCUUGCUAAUUUAAGCCUGCCUAAGUCACUUUACUAAAAGAUCUUUGUUAACCCAGUAUUUUAAACAUCUGUCUGCUUAUGUAGGUAAAGUAGAAGCAUGUUUGUAUGCUGCUUGUAGUUUUAGUGACAGCUUUUCAUGUUGAGAUUCUCAUGUCAUUUUGUGUCCUGAAAGUUUCGUUUCAUGUGAGUUUUUACUGUUAGGAUGAUUAAGAUGUAUAUAGUACAGAAUGUUAAGUCUCUGAUUGUUUUAUGUUUGUUUCUUGGCUAGCAAUGGUAGUAAAUACUUUUAAAACUAUUUUCUCAAGAUCCUUAAAACCUCUUGGAAAUUGUAGCAUACUGACAAGAGUAGUUGUUUAAGUAUGAUUUAACAACUUAUGUAAGAGUCAGUAAGAAUAAAAUCAAGCUAAAAUGCUUCAUAGAACACAGGAUUUACCUUAAAUAAUUAUCAUGAUAAGACCUCUUAUAGAGACUGGUCUAUUUUACUACAAAGAACAGUUUGGGAGUGAAACUGUUACAAUUUAGACUUUUUGUUGUAUUUUCUAAGAGAAAGAGUAUUGUUAGGUUCUCCUAACCUCUGUUGACCACUAUGGUAAGUGAUGUCAUUUUAAUUGCAAAUUUAAAUAGAAAUUAACAGAAUUAAGUAAAUGACUACCCUUUUUUCUCUUUCCUUUUUCCAUGAAAAUCCUUAGUUCUUUGUAUUGUCUCCUACUUAGGUUCAGUUAUAUAGUCAUUAAGUUGAGCUUGAUCUAAAUUGACUAAGUUUUAAAUUUAAAUUUACAUUUAAAGCAUUCUACAAGGGGAUGAAAGUGUUGAUUUUAAGAAAAUUUUUCUAAGACUCUAAGGUACAAGUCACGUAGGUAGUUUGUUUAAUCUAGUUGUUAGCCAAGGAUUCAAGGACUGAAUUGUUUUUGAAUAAGGCUUUUCAUGUUCUGGGAGCCUCAGUUCAUUUAAAACUCUUCUUUUAAAACUUGUGUGCUGAGAGUUAAGCAAAACCUUUUUUUUUGUCUUCAUGAGUUGCAAAAUUGAAUUCGUGAAGCUGAUGCGCUAACAGGUUUAUUUUAAGAAUUGUUUAGAAAAUGCUGUUGCUUCAGGUUCUUAAAAUCACAGCGCUCCAAUUCUAAUCAAAUUGUUGGAGGCUUACCAGAGUUGGUCUGAGCUCAUACUAGGGGAAAAAAGCCACUGAAUCCUUUCCAAUAUAGCUGUGCAAAAAUUGCUCACUUGGAAGGUCAAAAUAUAACCAGAUCCAAAUCACCCCUGAGUGAUGGUGUUCUUUUCUGUAUAAAGUUCACUCUAGGAUUUUGAAGUAACCACCUAUUUUACUACAUACUAGUCAUGUGAAAUUUAACGUUAUUUUGUAAUAAAUAGCUAAUUUUAUUUGUAA